UGGUUCCCUGAAGGACAUUGAAUCUGAGAUUCAUCGAUUGGAUCUUCUCGAAGAUGAGAGCGACAAUGUUCUCGCCCAACCGUUCACACUCUACGAGGUAAAUCAAGUAAUCUAUGACCUGCCGAAUGGUAAAUCACCCGACUUCGAUAAAAUUUGUUACGAACAUGUGAAAUUUGGUGGCCCUAAUCUUCUACAUCACAUAGUACUUUUGUUCAAUGCCAUUGUCUGCCUGGAGCACAUCCCACUCUCCUUUAAGUUAGCUGUAAAAGUCCCAAUUCCAAAAGAUAGCACAGGAAAGAAGACGUUGAUAAUCAUCGUGGAAUUAGUCUAA